AUCUCUAGGUUUUUUUUUUUCUUAUUGUCUCUCUAUAUUUGACUUUCAACAUCUAUAUAUAGUCAUUAAUUUUUCCAAUUCUUUUCAUCACACAACUCAUUACUUUAACUAACUACUUACUACUUAGCCUAGCUACUUCUAAAGCUAAGGGUCUCAAAAUGGGUAGUGAGAUGAGGAGAUGUAUAUUGGUGGUGGUUUUAGGGUUUAUAUGCUUGGGAGAUUAUUAUUAUGGGGCAAAUGCACAACAAGUGCCUUGUUAUUUCAUAUUUGGUGAUUCUUUGGUGGAUAAUGGGAAUAACAACAAUAUUCAGUCUUUGGCUAGGGCUAAUUACUUGCCUUAUGGUAUUGAUUUUCCUGGUGGUCCAACUGGGAGAUUCUCUAAUGGAAAAACUACUGUUGAUGUCAUUGCGGAACAACUGGGGUUCAAUGGUAAUAUUCCACCCUAUGCAUCUGCUAGGGGCAGAGAUGUUCUCAGAGGUGUCAAUUAUGCUUCUGCAGCUGCUGGAAUUAGAGAUGAAACUGGCAGACAAUUGGGAGGAAGGAUUAGUUUUUCUGGACAAGUGAAUAAUUACAGGAACACAGUGCAACAAGUGGUGCAAAUAUUAGGAAAUCAAAAUGCAACAGCUGAUUAUCUUAAAAAGUGCAUUUACUCAGUUGGACUUGGCAGCAAUGACUAUCUCAAUAAUUAUUUCAUGCCUCUUACUUAUCCCACUAGCAGACAAUUCACUCCUGAUCAAUAUGCUACUGUUCUUAUUCAACAAUAUACUCAACAACUAAAGAUUUUAUACAGUAAUGGAGCAAGAAAGUUUGCUUUGAAUGGAGUGGGCCAGAUAGGGUGCAGCCCAAAUGCAUUGGCCCAAAACAGCCCAGAUGGGAGAACUUGUGUACAAAGAAUCAAUGUAGCAAAUCAAUUAUUCAACAAUAAACUCAAGGCACUUGUUGAUAACUUGAAUGGAAAUACACCUGAUGCAAAAUUCAUCUACCUUGAUGCUUAUGGAAUUUUCCAAGAUUUAAUUGAAAAUCCUGCUGCUUUUGGAUUUAGAGUGACGAAUGCUGGAUGUUGUGGGGUAGGGAGGAACAACGGACAAAUUACGUGUCUUCCUUUCCAAACACCAUGCAGAAAUAGAAAUGAAUAUCUAUUUUGGGAUGCAUUUCAUCCAACUGAAGCUGCAAAUAUAGUUGUUGGGAGGAGAUCAUAUAGAGCUCAAAAGUCAUCUGAUGCAUAUCCUUAUGAUAUUAGUCGCCUAGCUCAAGCUUGAUUAAUUAUCAAAUACUAUAUAUCUACCUUCAUUACAAAUAUUAAUUAUUGUGGAAUUGACAUCUUUAAUUACUAUA